AUGUCACGAGGUGGCGGGAGCGCCGACGCGUUGGCUGUCAUCAAAGAAGAACAAGCAUCGCCCGUAAACAGCGCUAGUGUAAUUAACAACGAACAACCAGAAGAUCCUCAAGAUGUGCCUAAUCCAUGUCCCUGUAAAGACCGACUUAGUCCCGAAGAAGCGAAGAGACGUACACAAGAAAUAGAAAAACUUCUGAAAGAGAAAGAAGAUGCUCUCACCGCAGAAUUUCAAUCUCGAAUAGAGAAAGAAGUUAAAAUGAUGAAAGAGAGAUUUGACUACAUUUUACAGAAUGAACAAAUAAGAACCUCUCACAUGAUGAGGGAAGCUCACAGAGAGAGGAAGGAAAAGGUAUCAGCGCUGCAGACGCAGUUGGAGUGCAAGAACUUGGCUGGUUUGAUGUACGUCAUGUGUUCUGAAAGACGGAAAAGCAGGCUUCAGCUAUUGAGGCUCGUGGAAGAUUACACAACCUACAUAACGGGGCUACAGCAUAUCUUGGCUGAAAGUCAGGCAUUAAUAUUAAAUUUGUCACGUGGGUAUAAAACUGCUGCAAGAGUUGAGCAGGAGUGGAAAGAGAAAAUGGAUAAAGUUAUUAAGGAGUUCCUCGGUUUCAUUUACCACUACGCUGGUGGGACUCCUGAAACAAACCAGUAUUUCUUUGACAUCCCUGCUUUGAUGCAGACCAAAGCACCUAUAAAGGAUGACCCGAAAGAGGACCCUUGCGAUUGUUACGAGGUUAAACAAGAAGAAACAGAAACUGAAAUACAUCAAGAAAAGAAUUGGUGGGAAAUGAUAGAAGGUGAUGAUCCUCCCUUCGUAAUAUUCGGUGACAUGGCUGAUUUUAAUCCACCAGAACGUAGAGAGGUUCUAAAGUCUGUUAAGGCCGCUAAAACUGCACCAAAGAAAUGGAAAGAAUACGUUUUCCAUGAAAUGUUUCACAGUUUGAAUUGUCCGAAUUUGGAUACAAUAAAAGAUGAAUUUUUGAAGCAUCAACCCAAAGAACAAUGGGAAUGUCGGCAAACAGAUAAACAGUCUCUUAAAGGAUCCGAUACGAGUCAAAAACGAGUAACCAGAGCGAGUAUCGAUAUAAGAGGAACCAUGGGAUCUAUACUAAAAAUUAUUACAUCUAGUGUGGUUCCGAAGGCUGUUACAAAAUCAACUCUGCUUGGAGCAAGGGACUCGAUGGAAAUUGCAUCUACCACGAAAUUGCGCGAGAAGCAAAGGCAAUCAACGGAUGCAGGGGGGCAGAAGGUCGUCUUGAAUGUAGGGAAGAGAAUCGAUUCACUCUUCAAUGAAAUGAUAGAGGAUAAUGAAGAGGACAACGUGCCACCACCAGACGCAUACAAUUUAGAAGAUGAAGAAUUGGAUGAAUCAUUAUCUGCACUUGGGAGUUUGCACAACGACAGUUUGAGUGUGAUACCUUCACAUGUUCCUGAUCAUGACCACAAAAUCCACUACGAAAAGACAUGUCCGAUGGAACAAUGUCAGGCAAUGAAAAUGGACUCAUUCAUACGAACGCUACCUCCUUAUAUGCAAGCCAGUCCCUUCACCCAAUACGAACAAACGUUUGAUGAGUACGAGCCCUGUUCUCCAGAACAACUGGAAAUCUUGAAGCAGAGAAUAGAAGAGAAGAAGAAAAGGGAAAAGGUCGAUUUCCAUCUGCUAGAGGAGAGUCCGCUUAGUGAAUGGCCGCAGACUAUAGAUGGCGUUGGUGUACAGACGUCAAAUACAUCCGUGUUUUUGCCCCCCUGUACUUGUGGCAUUGAGAGUGUUUCUGACGUGUCUAGUAUUGAACGAGUUUUCAAAGUAACCGACUUGAUACCUUUAAAAGAAAAGUUGGAAAAAAUCAACCAGCAAUGCUUCUUUCGAAACGACGUUGAUUUUGAUCGUUUUGGAGUUAUUGGUCAGGAAUAUGAAGUCAAAACAUCCCCGACAGAAAACUUCGCCAAGGACAGACUACGAAACAUAACGAAAAUACUAAAACAAAAUCCCAGUUUAUGCGAGAUAUUCCAAGCCAACAUACGUUAA